AAUUAAGAGGAAAUAUUUAUAGAAAGUUAGGCCUAUCUAAAAAAGCUUUAACUGAUUAUAAUCAAGCAUUAAAAUUAAACCCAAAUGAUGCAAAUAUUUUAAUAAAUCGUUCAAAAACUUUUCUUGUUCAAAAACAAUACAGCGAUGCAUUAAGAGAUAUCGAAAAAUUUAUAUAUUAUGGUGGUGAACUUAAAGCUUCCGUUCUAAAAAAUCGUGGUUUGAUAUAUGCUGGUUUAUCACGUCAUAAUGAUGCUAUUACUGAUUUUACUAUGUCAUUGGAAAAGAAUGAGAAAGGAUCAACGUUUAGGCAUCGUGCAAAGGUUUAUCAAGCUUUAAAACAGUAUAAAGAAGCACUAGCUGAUUUGAAUCAAGCUUUAGUACUUGAUGAUUCUGAUAAAGAAUCCUUAAUCAUGCGUAAUCAGGUUUAUACACAAUUAAAUAGGUUUGACGAUGCUAUAAAAGGUUUGACAAAGACUUUGUCAGCAAAUCCAAAUGAUGUAAACGCACUAUCCGAUCGAGGCAGAAACUAUAUGGCUUUGAAUAAGCGAUAUGAAGCGAUGAUAGAUAUAGAAAAGGCCUUGUCGAUAAAUCCAAAUCAUAUCCAAGCGCGUUUAACAC